GAACUACCGAGCGAGCACAAACACACCCACCCCCUGUCGCUGCCUGUAUCUUCUUUGAGAAUGAGACAGCAGGGAGCUUGAUGAUGCUUAGCUGAAACAACCAUUCUUCUGAUGAAGGUCUUCAAGCUUGAUUUAUUUGUCGAGACAAGACAUGUCUGACGAGCUACAGCCUCCACCAGAUGUACCAUGUCCUCCAGCUGAAUAAAGCUAGAAAGUUUUCCACUUGCUUAGGGGCUUGAGACAUAUCAUGGUCUCUUUCAUUCGAAGGCACAUAGGCUUACUCCUUGCAGCCUUGUUCCUAGCACUCAGUCCAUUCGCACCGGUCGACGGCAUCCCACGCGUCCGUAUACGAGCACUUCUCUCCAGACGUCAAGCUGGACCACCUUCAGCGGCAGCCUGUCCAGCAGGCUCAUCCAUCUGUGUUGCUAUGAACCUGCCGAGUGACGCGCCCAAGGACAUCUUUAUGAAAGUCACUGGCUCCACCAAGACCAGUUAUACAGGUAUAGGUCUUGGUCCCAGCAUGACGAAUACCCUUAUGGUUCUGCUAUUCCCAGCCGAUGGUACACUGACUGCGUCUAUGCGUCUAUCAAGCGGCCACUCGCGUCCUGGCAAGAAUGCAGAUCCUAAUAUCAAAGUGGAGUUGUUGGAUGGGACAGUUGUCAAGGGCGAUUCAUUCGUUGCUAAUAUCAAAUGCACGGGGUGUCGUCAAUGGUCGUCAGGUAGUUUGGCAGAGACGAAUGGGGCUGGCCUCAUUUAUGCGUCUGGCAGUGCAACUGGCAAGGGAGAUGCUGCUGUAACGACGUACCAUUUUCUGGGGAGGGGUAGGUUUCAGCUUGAUUUGGAGAAGGCCAAGGGCCCUGGUGGUGUACCUGCUUCUGCAUCGCCGUACGCAUAGAUUGAGUGUAGCCAUCUGAACAACACGGACAACGG